GCAUACGCCAAAAGAAUAAAUAACAACUGGAAACAAUUGGGGAGAAUUGUCUAGGAUAGAGUAGGAUGGAUAAUGUUGGUGGAUGACCUAGACUCCUCCAUAAGUAAGCAAUUCAACAGUGGAUGCAUCCAUUUUAACAACCACAACCACCACAACAACAAAACAAUAUUAUCAUAGACCAUUAAGAUAUUAUUUACAAUUAUCAAAUGGAAACAAACAAUCUCUUAGAUCAUAUUUAUAUAAUUCAGAAAAUUGGCUUACACAACAAAUUAAUAAUCCAUUUUUAUCAAAUAUAAUGACAAAUGAUCAUAGUAUUAAUCCUUAUGAUAAUAAUAAUAAUAAUAAUGAACAUAAUGAAAAUCAACAAUUCACUAAUGAUCAAUUAAAUGAUAAAACACGAUCAAUUAUUGAAAAAUUUAAAAACAAAAUUUUAUAUCAAUUAAAUAUGAAAACAGUACCCAAAGUAAAUGUGAAUAAUGAAUCUGAAUGGAAUUCAUUACCAAUAAUAUUACGUAAUAGAUUAAAAACUGAAAUUGAUAUUAAUAAUCAAUUAAUUGAUAAACCAAUUGAACAAGAUGAAGAGAAAGAAACAUUAAUUUUAUUGAAACAAUACCAACCGCCAGUGAAACUGCCCAAUCCAAAUAUAUAUACAUUAAAAGUAGCCGAAGAAAUUGAUCCAACUCAUAUAAGCCGAGUUACUCUUCAUGUUGAGAUCAAUAGUGAAAUUCGUCCAAAUUCAAUAUUCACUUUAUGGGAAAUUCAUCCUACAUUAUUUAAACCAAAUUUUUUAUGGAUUAAUGAUAUCAAUAAUAAUAAUAAUAAUAAUAAUAAUAAUAAUAAUAAUAAUAAUAAUGAUAAUGAUAAUGAUGAUGAUGAUUUCACAGCUGAAUCAUUACAACAAACUGAUAUUAAUGAUUAUAAUGAAAUGGUAAAUGAUCAAAAAUUUCAAUCAUCAAAUUUAUUCAAUUAUCCAUAUAAAUUAUCUAGAAAUAAUUUUCAAAGAAUAUUUAAAUUUAUUAAACCAGAAAUAGCUAAAACUAUUAUACCUCAAAAUUAUUUCACAUCUAUGAUAACAUUUAAUAUUACAAAUCGUAUGAUUUAUUGGUUAAAAUAUAAUAAUAUAAAAAUUCAAGCUUAUAAACCAUUAAUAAGAUAUUUAAUGAUUAUGUGUAAUGAUUGUGAUAAUGAACAAAAUAUUAUUGAUCCAAAAAAGGUUGUUAUGGAAAUUAAAUAUCGUCCACGCUUAAAAAGACAGAGGCGUUCAUUAACUAAGGGAGAUGAGACAAUAUACAAUGUAUGUCGUUCUAAUGGACACCAUUAUAGUUGUUGUACACAACCAUUAUCUGUUAAAUUUUCUGAUAUUGGUUGGGAUAAUUGGAUUAUACACCCAAAAAGUUUUGAACCGAAUUAUUGUCGAGGAUCCUGCAAAGUCACAUCAACAAAAAGUCUACACUAUGAUGUUAUGGAUUUAUUAUUACGUAAGAAUUUAUCACAAUUUGGAAAUGUUCAACGUGAUGAAGUACAAUCUUGUUGUCAUCCAACUCAAUUAACUAGUAUGUCUGUUUUAUACUUGGAUUCAAAUCGAGAAUUACAAAUGCAUACUUUACAUAAUUUAAUUGUUUUAGGAUGUGCUUGUAGUUAAUAACACUAUUCAUUCCUAUUACAUUUUAAUUACAUGUCUACAUGUGUGUAAUGUUGAUUAUUUUGUUCAAUUACAUAAAUUCUAUUAUUAUUAUUGUUGUUGUUCAUAUUCAAUUUAUUGACUAUCUAAACAAAUGCUGCUUACAUGCUUACAACAUAAAUGAAGAAUAUGUAACGUUAUGAAUUUCCUAGAUAUAUUAUUUACUUACAUAAAAUGUCCCCAUCUAUUUAUGUAUGUUGUGAAUUGUUUAUUUUAGAUGUAACCAUUUCAAUAAUUAUUCAACAUUAUUGAACAUAACAAAAACUAAAUUUAAACAAAUAUUAAUUAAUCAUAUUCAGGAGUUCAAUAAAUGUCAUUUUGUUUCUGUCACUAAUCAAUUAGUUCAUAUAAGGUUUUUCAUAACUUUAAAAAAGUGUGUGUGUGUGUGAGAGACAUAGAGAGGGAAAAAAAACUGUCACAAGCAUCUCAAAUGAUUUGAUCAUUUUAACUGACUUUCUUUUUUGCAAUAUUAUUUUUUAACAUUACAAAAUUAAACACACAUACAUUUCGUCGUCAUCAUCAUCACCUUCAUUAUCAUCAUAAUUCACUGUCCUCUUCUACUAAAUGAAAAUGAAAUGUCAAUAAAUAUUUUUGUGUUAUGUUUAAAUGUUUACAAUCAUUUUAUUUGUUUUUCUUGUAUUCACAUAUUUUUUUUUGUUGAUGUUUGUGAAAUGUGAAAUAAUAUUCAAUUUUAUGUGUAAAUUUUAAUAUAUAGAAACGAAAAAAA